UGGAAAGUUGAGAUUUUUUCCCCCCUGAACUUCAGGGUUCUUUCCCUGUGUUGUCCCCUGAGAGGCUUUUAUUGAUGGGGACAACCUGCCAUCAGACCAGAUAUCUGCUCCCAGUCUGUUAGGGUUGCAGUGUCCCUGAACCACAGGGCUCUCUUUUUUGUGCUGCCCUGCAUGAAGUUUUUGUUUGUGGGUAGGGCCAGCAGUCAGAUCAGAUGUCUGCCCCAGCCUACUGUUCAGGGGCUGCAGUUGACCUGGUCAACUGUGGUUAUCUUCCCUUCUCCCAGGGCAGGAGUCACUUUGGAGUAGUGUUGGCCACUGUCAGGGCUGCUUGCUCAGUGAGACAUCAGAUGCCUUGGAGGGACUCUUGCUGAGCGAGGCAGUUAAGAUGGGGUGGAUCCACAGGAGAAUGUGGGGGCAAGAGCAUGGCCGUAGUGCUAGCAAGCUAGGUAGCAAGUGCUCAUCUUGGCUCCCACAGGUGUCUGGGUAUCUAGGUUGGCAGGGAGGGGAAGAGAAAUGGUGGCCACUGGCUCUUUUCUUCUUGGACAAGUCUCCUAACUAUCCCUGCUCGCCCUUCCAGUGCGUGCUCAGAUUAGUAAAUAAAUCCUUCCCAUAUACCCCGGGCACUUUUCAAACCACUGCUUCUAGGUGGCAUUGUUUGUUAUGCUGUCUCUCUAAGGGCAGGGACUCAGUGUUCUUAGUGAUAAUCCCCACUGAUUGCCCCUUCUGUUUGUGGUUAGUCCUGCAGGUUAGUUUGGUUACCAAAUGGGUUCUGCCCUUCUAUCAUUUUUUUCUGGACAAUUAACUGUGGAGAGUUUGGUUUGUUUCCUGCGUUAAUUACCCUGAUGUAUAAAUAAUCACUUCCUGAAGCAAGUUAUGAAAUGGAUGGAGGAAUGUGUAGUGGGAGAAUACUGAACUCAGAGUUAAGUGUAGAGGAAAUUGAAAGACUUUCUGAGAAGUUAGAAGAAAAAGAGAAGGAGAAGCAGCAGCUGAUGAGCCAGCCGGAGCAUGAGCGAGAGAAGGAAGUUGCCCUGCUGCGGCAGAGCGUGGCAGAGAAGGAACGAGCCCGGGCUGCCAGCGACAUUCUGUGCCGCUCCUUGGCUGAUGAGACCCAUCAGCUGCGGAGGACUCUGGCCGCCACUGCCCACAUGUGCCAGCAUCUGGCCAAGUGUCUGGAUGAACGACAGCGCACACAGGGGGACUUGAGGGAGAAAAGUCCUGAGCCAGAGCGUACAGGCGGGGACACCUGUGUCCGGGAUGUUAUCGAGAAGUUACAGGAAGAAAAUCGACUGUUGAGACAGAAGGUGACCCAUGUAGAAGACCUUAACGCCAAGUGGCAGCGCUACGAUGCCAGCAGGGAUGAGUAUGUGAGGGGGCUCCACGCGCAGCUUCAGGGGCUACAGGCCCCCCGUGAGCCCGAGAGACCCUCCCCUCCUGAGCUGAUGAGGAAGGAGAUCUCCAGGCUCAACAGGCAGCUGGAGGAGAAGAUAAAUGACUGUGUGGAAGUGAAGGAGGAGCUGACGGCUGUGAGGAGGGCCCGAGAUGCGGCGCUGGAGCGGGUGCAGCUGCUGGAGCAGCAGAUUCUUGCUUACAAGGAUGAUUUCACCUCGGAAAGGGCCGAUCGAGAGCGUGCUCAGGGGAGGAUUCAAGAGCUGGAGGAGCAGGUGGCCGCCUUGCGGCACCAGGCGUCCCGGAGGCAGGACUGCCGAGAGCGGGGCUCCUGCCGGACGCACACGGGGAGCAAAACCCCCAAGUACUUAGAGACCAGUGUCUUGGAGCUUGUGGCACCCAGUGGCCGGAGGGCCGGGACUGGAUCUCAGGGGCCGGACUUCUCCGCAGAGGGCAGGUGUCCUGGAGCAACGACCCGGAGAGGGCAGGGGGAGCUUCAGUGCCCUCACUGCCUGCAGCACUUCGAUGACGAGCAAGGCGAGGAGCUCUUCAGGCAUGUGGCCGAGUGCUGCCAGUGAGGCCGUGAGGCUGGAGCUACCUGCGACCCUGCGGCUUCUGAGGGGGCUCGGCCCUGGGCGGGGGCGAGAUCCCCUGAGACCCAGGACCCAGCACAGGUUGAGGGGGUUUCUGAUCCUUCACCUUGGUCAUCCUUGGGCGGUGGAACAGACCGAGUUGGAGGGAACUUCUCGUGGGGCGUCUGCCUCUGGGAGGGCCUGGCUUGGCUUCUGGUGUGGAGUGCGCCCCUCCCUGCCCCCCGCCGGCCGGCUGUCGGGUCAAGACCAGGAGCAGGGGGGCGCACGAACGCUCACAGGCAACACGACAGCCCCAGUCAGCCUGCGCCUGGGCCGCUGCAGCUCGCUGGGAACCGUGUGUGGGCCCCCGGUUCUGUUGAGUCGGGACCAGGUUUGUAGACUGAGCCCUGUGGCAACACAUCGCACACGAGGACUAUUCUCGGCCACCGCGGAGACACGUGUCCUCGCUGAAAUGCACUGCAAUAGCGUUUGCCACAUAUCUCAAAGACAAAAGACAUUUCACAUUUACUUAUUUUUAUAAUAAAUACACUUGCUAUGGUGAGUGCUCUUGA